UGUUUGGUUCGCGAUCAAAAUUUAUGUGAAGAGCAAACUAUGUGCUUUGCCAAUCCAAGUCAAAAUAUAUUAGGUUCUUUUGGUGUUCAUAUCACACGGUGUCGUUGAUGCUGCUUAUUUUUUUUCUGUCUUUUUUUUUGGUGUCUAUAAGCGUAUAUUUGCAAGAAAUAGUUGUCGAUUCAUUGAAUUAUAAAGUCAUCUGGAAAGUUAUUUUCAAUAGUGGUGAACAGAUACCUCCGAACAUGAAUUAAGCUCAUUCUAACGAUUCUUAUUUGAAGUAGUGUUUUUUUUAUAAUUCCUUCGAUACAUAAUCGUGAAUUCUUUGUGAAUUUUAAACGGAAAAUCCUGUUGAAUGCACACCAACACACAAAAAAUCAAAUUAUGAAGUUGACCGGUUGUUUUUUUUUAUGUACGGUGAUUUACUGUGAACUAUUAACGAUUGUGGUGUCGCAUUCAACAUUGGAAGAGGCACAACAAAUUAAUCCCAGUCCAGCGAAAAAAUAUCGAAAAAAAUUACGCAAAGAAGAAGGAGCGAUAAGGCUUGUUGGCGGUUCGAAUGACUAUGAAGGAAAUGUUGAAAUUCUUCACGAUUCGAAAUGGGGUAAUAUAUGCGAUGACGAAUGGGAUGAAAAUGAAGGACGAGUUAUCUGCAGCCAAUUGGGUUUCAUUGGUUACGUGAAAACAACGCACAGCGGAUAUUUUGGGAUGGCAAGACGAAGAUUCUGGAUGGAUAAUAUGCAAUGCGAUGGUGAUGAGACUGAAAUUAAACAUUGCCGUUUCGAUGGAUGGGGUAAGAAUGAUUGCGAGGCGUCCGAAGCAGCGGGUGUUGUUUGCAAAGGAUCUAAUGAAUUGACGGCAACAAUGUCAUCGGUUCAGGUGAAAAAAGCAUCAAAACAUUUACUGAACCGAAAGUAUGAGAUUGAAAUACGGCUUGUUGGUGGCCGAAAUAGGUACGAAGGCCAAGUGGAGAUUCGCUUCAAUUCGGUAAUGAAGAAAGGUCACUGGGGUGGCAUUUGUGGCGAUGGGUGGUCGUUAUUAGAGGCAAAUGUUGUGUGUAAAUCAUUAAAUUUGGGCUAUGCCAGCAACGCAUUGCAUACGGAUUUAUUUGGUAAUGAUACGCUGUCGAAAAUACUCAUCAGUGGCACAGAAUGUUAUGGCAACGAAACAUCACUACAAGAUUGUCGGCAUCAUGAAUUGGGAAAUGUUAUGUGUCCAGGUGACCAGUCAAAAGUAGCGGCCGUCAUUUGUAAUGAAGAAAUGGCCGAUCUUGUUUUUGAUUAUAACGAAUUAACGGCGAGCGCACAUUUAGAAGAUCGACCGUUGGUAUUAUUGCAAUGUGCAAUGGAAGAAAAUUGCUUAGCAUCUCGGGCAUAUGAAAUUCAACGUGAUGUUAAUGAUUGGCAUAUGGAAACGCGACGCUUACUUAAAUUUACCGCCCGUACAUUGAAUACGGGAACCGCUGAUUUUCGCUCAAAUAUUCCGAAACAUCUAUGGGAAUGGCAUUUGUGCCAUCAACAUUAUCAUAGCAUGGAAGUGUUUGCAACAUUCUAUAUUUACAAUAGCACCGGUCAUCGUGUUGCAGAAGGUCACAAAGCAUCCUUCUGCUUAGAAGAUAAUCAGUGCCUGGAUGGCAUUCAACCGCGUUAUGCUUGUGCAAACUUUGGUGACCAAGGCAUUUCCGUAAAUUGCUCCGAUAUAUAUCGAUUCAAUAUCGAUUGCCAAUGGGUUGAUAUUACCGAAAUGGAAACCGGAACCUACACCAUCAAAAUAUCUGUAAAUCCCGAAUUCAAAAUUGGUGAAAUGACAUACGAAAACAAUGCGGCCAAAUGUACUUUACUUUAUACGGAAACUUAUGCUCAUAUAUUUGAUUGCAAACAUGAGCGCCCAUAAAGAUUCCACAAAAUUGCUGAAAAAUGAAAUAUCGUGGCCUUAAAAUGCGUCGUAAAUUAAAUUGAAUGUAAUCAUCCGCUUUAAUGGAUCCGUAAUACAUUACGCUACUUUUUGAAUUUAAAUUACCUUUUUACCGGCAUUUUGAACAUUUAUCCGACAUGUUAAACUAUGUAAUUAGAUUAAAAACUGUAUAUUAAGUAUUUAUGCUCAUAAAUACUGAAUUUUGCGCAAAGAGAUAGACCUA